AUGUCCGAGAUCCUCCAGUACUGGGCAUCCGUGUUUAACAUGCUGUCCAUCAUUUCCAAUCGUCAAACCCCACAUCAUCGAGACCAUUUAUCAAUUCCUGAAUGCUUCAAUAUUCUCACCACCGUGGGGAAUUAUUCUAAUGCUUGGAUGAGCAUGCCAAGCCUUCAGCUGGAGUUUGGGUAUGAUCCCGGGUGUAUGAUUGGAUUUUCCGGAAGGAUUGUCAGACAUGGGGUUCAUGAGGUGGAGGGGGAUAGGGUUGGGUGGGCAUGGUAUACGAGGGACUCUGUUCAUAUUUAUGCCGUGGUUCCCUCAUGCGGAUGGGCUAGGGUGGAUUGA